AUGUUGAGAUUAAUGUCUUUCUAUAGGUUUUCGAAUGUUUCCAUGGCAAGAGGAACUCUGUAUAAAAUAAUAUCGAAAGAGUACAAAUAAGAAUAUCAUCAAUAUGAAUAAGAGCCUACAUUAAUGAAAUAAAUUAAGCAUCUAGGAUUUUAAUUGAUAGAUGAUCCAUCAACCAAUAAAGUUAUUCUUAAUAAAGAAUUUUCAUCUGCAAAGAUAUCUAUUUUAUUCAGAGGAACACCAGCACCCCUGGAAGCCAAAAUAAAAGUUCCUAAUGAAGACUAAUCCAUUUAGUAAAAUCCAAAAUACCAAGACAAAAUACAAUCAUAAUUAUAAGAGACGAAACAAGAAUAUGUAUUAGGAAUACUCUCUGUGGAUUAUACAGUCAUAAUCUAAACUGAAAAAGGAGAAGCUAUAGCUUUUGAAUGCAAUACAAGUAACCAGACUACUUUCAUUAAUUACGUACAACCAGUCUAUGAUAUCCAAGAGUACAAAACAAGAUCCAAGUAUCGUAAAUUCUUAAGUGAUUAUUCAGGACCAGAAAUUAAUAAAUUAGAUGAACGCUUAAAACAAUCACUUUACACCUACUUAGAAAGCUAUGGUAUCAAUGAAUCAUUGAAUGCAUUAAUUGAGGCAUUAUUGACAAAGAGUAAAGAUAAUAUAUGGAGUUUUUGA